GCUAAACGGAGACAGCAGCCCCGUGGAGAACGGAGACCGACAAACUUUUACUGCUCAACUGAUGCGGUUUGUGGAUUGCUAAGCUGGCCACCGCGUGAUUUUCCGUAGUAGAAUGACGCAGCGUGUUAGCAGAGCGGAAAGACGGAUCCGUUCUCUGUCAAGUUACUUUAAUAACUGCCCCAUCUCCUCAACUCUCCCUCCCUCUUCGUCUCCUCUUACCCUCCCAGUACUCCAUUUCAUUCCUCUCACCUUCCAUCUCCGACAUCAUGGAGAACAAGAAGCUUAAUGAGAAGACCCAGCCGGGUCUCGCAUCCCACACAGAGGAUGCUGCCUCUAGUUCACACCACAUCCCGGCGACAAGCAAGACAGGCCUUGUAGUCGGCGGCAAAUACGCUCAAACGUUAUCAGACAGCACUUCCCUAUCGUCAAGUGAACAGAACUUCCAGACCUUUGACUUCGAUAUCCCCCUUACCGCUACACAGGCUACCGUCCAUGAUGGACAGGAGCGUAUCCUCAUUGACUUCGUCGACGGUGACAAGGAGAACCCUUUCAACUGGGACCCACGUUACAAGGCCUUUAUCUCGGUGCUCCUCUGUCUCAUGACCCUCUUCAUCGGUCUCGCAACAACAGCCUACAGUUCUGGUAUCGACCGCAUGACAAAAGACCUCGGUGUAUCCACUAUUCUCGGGCAGCUGGGUCUCUUCACCUUCAACUUCACAUGUGCCCUGGCUCCCCUCUUCCUGGCCCCUUUCUGCGAGCUUGCUGGUCGCCGUAUCAUCUAUGUCGGUGCAUACAUCUGCUUCAGCCUGAUGUUCAUCGGUCUUGCCCUGGGUAAGAACAUCGCUACGAUCGUCAUCUGCCGUGCCCUGCUGGGUCUCUUUGGCUGCGUUGGCACUAUCCUGGUCGGUGGUACCUUCGGUGACAUGUACCGUCCGGAAGAGCGUGCCAUCCCCAUGGCCUGCUUCUCCUACAUCGCCAUUCUCGGAACAGUCGGCGCCCCCAUCUACGCCGGCUUCAUCGACCAAGCACUGGGCUGGCGCUGGGUCGAAGGAAUCCAAGGUCUCGCCAACAUCCCCCUCGCAGUCGUCUGCUUCUUCUGCCUGCGCGAAACCCGUGGCAGCGUCGCCCUCGGCAAACGCGCCGAGCUCCUCCGCCAGAAAACCGGCGACGUCCGCUAUGCCGCGGCGACCGACCUCGAAGCCCCCAACAUCAAGAAAAUGCUUCAUAACUCCUCGGUAAAGGCCAUCAAGAUGCUUAUGACGGAACCCGUGGUCUUCGCCUUCGGCCUCUGGAUCAGCUUCGCCUGGUUCCUGGCCUUCCUCUUCCUCUCCGUGAUCCCCAUCACCUUCCAAGAAAAGAAAGGCUGGGGCGAAGGCGUCUCCGGCCUCCCUUACAUCUCCCUCUGCCUAGGCACAACAUUCGGCUUCGGACUCAACUUUCUCCAGAUCAGAAAGUACAACUCGAUCAUCAAGCAGAACGGCUUCGCCGCACCCGAAGCCCGUCUCUACGGCGCCCUCUUCGGCGCAGUCUGGCUCCCCGUCGGCCUCUUCAUCUACAGCUUCACCCAGUACGCCUUCCUUCACUGGAUCGGCCCCUUCAUUGCCCUCGUCCUCAUUACCAUCGGUAUCUUCUUCAUCUUCGAGUCCUGUUACUCGUUCACCUCCGAUUGCUAUGGCGAGUCAUCGUCGUCCGCGAUCGCGGGUCAGGGUUUCAUGCGGAAUACGCUGGGUGCUGUGUCGCCGCUUUUCGCGAGCCAGUUCUUCCAUAAUGUCGGCAGUCAGUGGGCUGGGUUGAUCCUGGCUCUUAUAGCUACGUUUUUGACGCUGAUUCCUUAUGUUUUGUUUUGGUGGGGGCCUGCGUUGCGGAAGAGGUCUAAGUUGGCUUCGACUAAUACCGGGUUCUGAGAGAGUGAGUGAGUGAGAAGGGUGUCGAUGAUUAAUGUAGAUAUGUUGGUUGUGCUCUUGUAGAUAAUCAUUUUCAUGGAUGCGCUUAUGACUGUAUAAUAGCGAUUCUUUUGAGAAGAUACAUUUGUUUCACUUUUGUGUGAUGGGUUCUUUCUGUGUAAAGGG